AUGAUGUUUCCCUGCAGCGCUCUGCCCCCUCCUCUGUACCCGGGCUUGCUGCGUCCCCCCGCGGCUCUCUCCUCACCCCUGAACCGCUCACUGCACUCAGGCUUCCUGGUAGAGGAUCUGCUCCGGUUGAGCCAGCCUGUCAGCUUCAUACACCGGACUUUCUCUUCCAGAAGUCCCGUGGACAUCCUCCCGCUCAGCCCGGGCCCCGGCGGCCCUCCCCGGGCGUUAGACGCCAGCACAGAGCGCUCUGUGCUCCAGAGUCCCGUCCAGCUGAGCCGCAGCAGUCCCGGGUCUCCGCAGACCGCCUGCCCGGACUCAGGGUACCUCAAGUUCGGCGUCAGCGCGAUACUGGCACCGUCCACACGGAGCGUCCAGAGUCUUCAGACCAAGUCCCUGCCUCUGCCUUUCUUCGAUGGAAACCUUCAUCCUUUCAUCAGAGCGUCCUGCUUCACAGCCUCGUCCUCCGUGGUUCCUGUCCCAGGAACGUUUUCAUGGCCCCUGGCCCCCAGAGGGAAGCCCAGGAGGGGCAUGCUGCGGCGGGCCGUGUUCUCAGACCUGCAGAGGAAGGCCCUGGAGAGGACUUUCCAGAAGCAGAAAUACAUCAGCAAACCGGACAGGAAGAAACUUGCCGGUAAACUGGGCCUCAAAGACUCCCAGGUGAAGAUCUGGUUUCAGAACCGCAGGAUGAAAUGGAGAAACUCCAAAGAGAGGGAGCUGCUCUCGACGGGUGGCUGCCGUCAGCAGACCCUCCCCACCAAAACCAACCCCCACCCAGACCUCACUGAUGUAGGCAGCACCCACUGCCACAAACUGGACAGGACUGCACCCACCAGCCAAGCACAGCGGGACAGCCACGAGUCACAUCUUCACCACCAUCAUCAUCAUCAUCAUCAUCAUCAUCACAACCGUCUUUCUCCAUCAGAGUCCAGCAAACAGUCGGAGCUCUCCGAGUCAGACGACGAAGAAAUCACGGUUUCCUAA